GUGUCGCCAAGAAGGCACAAAAAGAAGAACCAAAUCCAGCGUCGCUCGUCGUACUGCACACUGCACGGCCAUGUCUUCCUCCUCCAUGCGAACCAUUCCCUCACAAGCCGAGCAAGAAACCGGCGGGGAAACACAGAUCAACCACCAAGAACUCUACCAGCGUUACGCCAACUCGGUCUCCUCCUGGCCUAGAGCGGAAGGCCUGUCCCUCCUCCAACUCCACCGCCACCACCAAGGAUGGCACGGCAGCCUGGUGUCCAUUGCCGGCGCCAUGGCCGCGGAUGCGUGUUUCGCCGCGCGCCCCUCGGACAUCGUCGUCGCCACCCUGCCCAAGUCCGGCACCACGUGGAUCAAGUCGCUUCUGUACGCCACCGUGCACCGCCGAGAACAUCCCCCGCAAGCCGCCGGCCACCCUUUCAACUCCUACGGCCCCCACGAGUGCGUCAAGUUCUUGGAGAUCCAAAUCUACACCGGCAGGAACACCAGCGCCGACGACCUCGACGAGCUCCCUGACCCGAGGCUCUUCGCCACGCACGUCCCGUUCGUGGCGCUGCCGGCUGCCGUGGUAUCCUCGGGAUGCAAGAUCGUGUACAUGUGCCGCGACCCCAAGGACACCUUGGUCUCGCUCUGGCACUUCGUCAACAGGUUGAGGGUCAGCAAAGGGCUCCAGCCCCUCCCGGUGGAGACCGCCGCCGCGUUGUUCUGCGACGGCAUGUCGACGUACGGGCCCUACUGGGACCACGUCCUCGGGUACUGGCGGGCCCACCUGGCCCGUCCCGACCGGGUGCUCUUCCUUAGGUACGAGGAGGUCUGGAGGGACCCCCCGGCGCAUGUCCGGAGGCUGGCCGCGUUCGUGGGCCUCCCGUUCGACGUCGAGGAGGAGGAGGGCGGCGUGGUGGACGCCAUCGUGAGGCUCUGCUCGUUCGAGCACAUGGGCGGGCUGGAGGUGACCAAGAGCGGCAAGACGGAGCUUGUGAUAGGCGCGGUGGAGAACAGCUCCUUCUUCCGGCGCGGUGGGGUUGGGGACUGGGCGAACCAUCUGUCGCCGGAGGCAGCGCGGCGCAUCGACGCCAUUACCGAGGCCAGGUUCAAGGGUUCCGGCCUCAACGUUUAGCCAGGGAUCAAUACCAUAACACAUAUGAAAUGUCUGUGCUGCUGUUCGAUCAGUAGUAUCGUACGUCCUCCAUGUGAUGUGUUUCUUGCAUUGUGUUCAAUGUGAUUUCUGGUACUGGUCUGGUGAAUGAAUUUAUUUUUGAACAA